UGGUAUGUUCCUUCUCCUUCAUUUACAAGUAGUUCUGUUGGGGAUAUGAUGAGUGGAAAUUUAUCAACAGUGACUGAAUUUAUCUUUACUGGCUUUCUCCGGAUCCAGGAUGGUAGUCUCUUAUACUUCUUUCCUUUACUUUUUAUCUGCACCUUUAUCAUCAUUGAGAAUCUAUUGAUCUUCUUUACUGUAAGGCUGGACACCCAUCUCCACAAUCCCAUGUAUAAUUUCAUCAGUAUCUUUUCCUUUCUGGAGAUCUGGUACACCACAGCCACCAUUCCCAAGAUUCUCUCUAAUCUCAUCAGUGAAAAGAAGACCAUCUCUACUACAGGCUGCCUCUUGCAGAUGUACUUCUUCCAUUCACUAGGAAAUUCAAAAGGUAUCUUGCUGAUCACCAUGGCCAUUGACAGAUAUGUUGCCAGCUGCAACCCUUUUCGCUAUCGAAUGAUCAUGACCCCUCGGCUUUGUGCUCAAUUCUCUGCAUGCUCCUGCAUCUUUGGCUUCCUCAUCCUACUUCCUGAGAUUUUAAUGAUUUCAACACUGCCUUUCUGUGGGCCCAAUUAAAUCCACCAGAUCUUCUGUGACUUGGUCCCUGUGCUGAGCUUGGCCUGUACAGACACAUCCAUGAUUCUGAUUGAGGAUGUGAUCCAUUCUGUGGCCAUCAUCAUUACCAUCCUAAUCAUCGCCCUGUCCUACAUAAGAAUCGUCACCGUGAUCCUGAGGAUUUCCUCUGCUGAGGGUCGGCAAAAGGCUUUUUCUACCUGUGCAGGUCAUUUCACCAUCUUCCUGAUGUUCUUCGGCAGUGUAUCGCUCAUGUACUUGCGUUUCAAUACCACUUAUCCACCAGUUUUAGACACAGCCAUUUCACUGAUGUUUACUGUACUUGCCCCAUUCUUCAAUCCCAUCAUUUAUAGUCUGAGAAACAAAGAUAUGAAGAAUGCAAUUAAAGAACUCUUCUUUCUUUAG